AUGAAUAAAGAUGUUGAACGAUACUAUACUAUGAUUAUAUCUUGUCUAUUUGAUAAAAUUGGAGCUCAUGCUUAUCUAUUUGGUGCAAUAUUAACAGUAGUAGAUUCUACAAAAGUAGAAACUAUUUGGACAUUAAGUACUAUUGGUGUUUGUGGAUUUGUUAUUGGUGCAGCAAUAAAUCUGAUGAUACCUGCAACAACUUAUUUAUAUAUAUGGGCUGAUUAUUUUAAUUUAUUAGGAUCAUUAUUGUAUUUACUAGCAACAAUUAUUGCUCGUCUGCAAAUAUCACAAUUAAUUGUUAUUUUUGGUGAUACGAUUUAUCUUAUUGAUUCAAUUUUAUAUAUGUUAUGUUGGUUUCAAGAGCGUCGAUUAGUAAUCGAACAAUAUGGGCAGUAUAUGUUAUUGAAAUAA